AUGCCUGGACGCGUAGUGGACACUCCGAAGAGGAGGGUGCUUACCGACGCCACCAACACUCAUAAUACUUUGAAGUCACCUCCAUCCGCAAAGAAGAGAAAGCUCAAUGGCAAUGGGCCAAGUGUAUCCUUCCACUCAUCUCAGCAUGGCCCGAAUGGUAUCAGAUCCAAGUUUGGCUCUAGCCAGCCUAAGAGCCAUUUCGAGACCGAAGUUCUCGAGAAGAUGACCCAGGACAUCACCGGCUUGAAAGAGAACAACGCCGAGAAAGAUCAACAAUGGGAUAGACCAAGCCUGGAUGACUUCGACCCUCACAGAGACAGUCUACGAUUCCAGCAGAUCGAAGUAGAGGAAGGCACGCUCCAUGGAGGAAGAGUGACACUCAAGUUGUUUGGCGUUUCUGAGACUGGACACUCCAUCUUACUCCAUGUUACCGACUUCCUCCAUUACAUCUAUGUAGCCGCACCUGUCAACUUUCAACGACAAGAUGUGGAAGGCUACAAAGUCUACCUUGAGACACAACUGGCACAGCACCAGCCUGUUAUCCAUUCGGUGCAGAUGGUGUUACGAGAGAAUCUGUAUGGGUUCCAGGGCAAUCAAAAAAGUCCAUACCUCAAGAUCACUGUUACAGACCCAAGGUUCAUCAACCGCCUAAGAUCAGCCAUAGAAGAUGGCCAUGCCAACUACAAAGGGAUGUGGAAGGGUGUUGACAGCAAGAUCCUGACUUUCGACAAUAUCCAAUAUGUUUUGCGUUUCAUGAUCGACACUGGAAUUACCGGCAUGUCCUGGGUCGAGGUUCCUACCCAGAAGUAUCAUGUUAUGCCACAGCAUGAGCGUCAGUCAAAUUGUCAGAUCGAAGCUUAUUGUCACUAUCGUGAUAUGGUCUCCCUCGGCAAUGAUGGAGAAUGGGCAAAGAUGGCGCCAUUGCGUAUCUUGUCAUUCGAUAUCGAAUGCGCUGGUCGAAAAGGCGUUUUCCCCGAGCCCAACCAAGACCCCGUUAUUCAGAUCGCCAACGUUGUGACUAGGUAUGGAGAAUCGAAACCAUUCGUUCGGAAUGUUUUCGUCUUGGAUACCUGCAGUCUGAUUGUGAAUACCCAAAUAUAUGAGCAUGACUCCGAGUCAAAGAUGUUGAUGGCCUGGAGGGACUUUCUGGAAAAGGUCGACCCCGAUGUUAUCAUUGGUUACAACAUUGCAAACUUCGACUUUCCGUACCUACUUGACAGGGCGAAGCAUCUGAAGCUGCCAAAGUUCCCCUACUGGUCACGCCUCAAGAGUGUCAUUUCCCAAGCUAAGGAUACAAAUUUCUCGAGCAAGCAAAUGGGGAAUCGCGAUACGAAAGCCACAAAUACAAACGGAAGAAUACAGCUUGACUUACUGCAGCUAGUGCAAAGAGAUCAUCAACUGCGAAGUUACACUCUUAACUCUGUCUGCGCUCACUUUCUAGGCGAACAGAAGGAGGAUGUGCACCACACCAUGAUUACAGAGCUUUACAACGGCACACCUGAUUCAAGACGACGUCUGGCUGUGUACUGUCUGAAAGAUGCUUACCUCCCGCAACGGCUCAUGGACAAAUUGAUGUGUUUGGUCAACUACACGGAGAUGGCCAGAGUCACUGGCGUCCCUUUCAACUUCCUCCUUUCUCGUGGUCAACAAGUCAAGUUUAUCAGCCAGCUGUUCCGAAAAGCAUUGGAGCAGCAACUAGUCAUCCCUAACCUCAGAAAUGAGGCCUCAGACGAGCAGUAUGAAGGUGCCACAGUCAUCGAACCCAUCAGAGGCUACUACGAUGUUCCUGUUGCAACUCUCGAUUUCGCUUCCCUGUACCCUUCAAUUAUACAAGCGCACAAUUUGUGUUAUACAACACUGCUAAACAAAAAUACCAUCGAGAAGCUAAAUUUGCAAAAGGAUGAGGACUAUAUCCAGACCCCUAAUGGUGAUAUGUUCUGCACAGCGAAGGUACGAAAGGGCCUACUUACUCAGAUCCUGGAAGAAUUGCUGGGUGCGCGUAAGCGAGCGAAAAAGGAACUUGCUGUUGAGACCGAUCCCUUCAAGAAGGCUGUGCUCAAUGGUCGACAGUUGGCCCUGAAAAUUUCCGCAAACUCAGUCUACGGUUUGACCGGUGCUACUGUUGGCAAAUUGCCAUGUCUUGCAAUCGCUUCCAGUACGACAUCCUACGGCCGACAGAUGAUUGAGAAGACAAAGAAAGAGGUGGAGUCAAAAUAUACCAUUGCCAACGGAUACUCGCAUGACGCCCAGGUCAUCUACGGUGAUACUGAUUCUGUCAUGGUAAAGUUCGGAGAGAAGGAUCUGGCCAGAACCAUGGAGCUCGGCCAGGAGGCAGCCGAUUACGUCUCUGGAAAGUUCAUCAAACCAAUUAAGCUGGAGUUCGAGAAAGUGUACUUUCCUUAUCUCUUGAUCAACAAAAAGCGCUACGCCGGGCUUUACUGGACCAAACCCGAAAAGUUUGACAAGAUGGACACCAAAGGUAUCGAGACAGUUCGUCGAGAUAACUGUCGUUUGGUCCAGAUAGUCAUUGAGACCGUCCUCAAAAAGAUUUUGAUGGAUCGAGAUGUCGAAGGGGCUCAAGACUACGUCAAAGAGACCAUUGCAAACCUGCUCCAGAACAAGGUUGACCUGAGCAUGCUGGUCAUCACCAAGGCGCUCAGCAAGAGUGACUACACUGCCAAACAGGCACAUGUCGAGCUUGCUGAACGUAUGAAGAAGCGUGACGCUGGUUCCGCUCCCGCUCUGGGUGAUCGUGUAGCGUACGUCAUCAUCAAAGGCGCUGCUGGCAGCAAGAACUAUGAAAAGGCCGAGGACCCUAUUUUCGUGCUGGAAAACAACGUCCCCAUCGACACAAAGUACUACCUCGACAAUCAACUGGCAAACCCUUUGACCCGCAUUUUCGAGCCUAUCUUGGGUGAGCGCCGUGCAAAUUCCCUUCUUGCUGGCGAUCACACGCGGAGCAUCUCGGUCGCUGCACCCACCGUGGGAGGACUGAUGAAGUUCACCAAGAAGACGCAGACAUGCAUGGGUUGCAAGAAGCCCCUCGUGGGCAAGGAGGAGAGUAAGGGAGCCGUGUGUUCGAACUGUCAGCCCCGUAUUGGCGAACUGUACGCGAAGCACGUCAAGAAGGUGGGUGAGAUGGAAGUGCGCUUCUCAAGACUCUGGACCCAGUGUCAACGGUGCCAGGGCAGCAUGCAUUCCGAGGUACUGUGCUCGUCGAGGGAUUGCCCUAUCUUCUACAUGCGUAUGAAAGCACGCAAAGAGGUCGAAGAGUCAGGGAAGGAACUUGCUAGGUUCGAUGAAGACGCCGGUGCAAUCUGGUAG